AUGGCAAAAUUGUACCCUAUCUUCCUUUUGACAUGUUUGGUGGUAACAAUAUCUACAUUAGUACAUGCUAAUGUCAAAGAGGACAAAGCAUACUGGGAUAGGAUAGCACCGGUCCUUAAUACGACAUAUUGGCAGCAAAAAGCUUCAGCUGCUGCAAUGAAAAACGACAAAGCUUAUACUCCUGACCCAUAUGCAGUCUCUGGAAACCUGAGUCAUAGUGUUAGCGAAAUGAUAAUUGGCAACCAAGGAAGAAGGAAUUUGGCCGGGGGUAAAGCACGUGGUCCAUGCAUGGCUACAAACCCCAUUGACAGGUGUUGGAGGUGUGAUCCUAACUGGGCAAACAACCGCCAGAAGCUUGCAGAUUGUGUGAAAGGUUUCGGAAGGAAGACUACUGGUGGAAAAGGCGGUCCUAUCUAUGUGGUAACAGACCCCUCAGAUAGUGACAUGGUGAAUCCACGUCCUGGUACCCUUAGAUUCGGAGUUACAAGAAAUGGGCCUUUGUGGAUCACCUUCGCUCGUAGCAUGACCAUUAGGCUCAACCAGGAGCUCAUAAUGACAAGUCACAAGACCAUUGAUGGAAGAGGAGCUGAUGUUACCAUUGCUAGUGGUGCUGGUAUUACUAUCCAGUUCAUCGAGAAUGUGAUCAUCCAUGGAAUCAAAAUUUUUGACAUCGUGGUUGGAAGUGGUGGACUUAUUAGAGAUGGUCAGGACCAUUUUGGUCAAAGGACUAUGAGUGAUGGUGAUGGAAUUUCAAUUUUUGGCUCUAGCAAUAUUUGGAUUGACCAUGUUUCCAUGAGAAACUGUAGAGAUGGACUAGUUGAUGCCAUUAUGGGAUCCACUGCUAUUACCAUCUCCAAUAGCCAUUUCACAGAUCACAACGAGGUGAUGUUGUUUGGUGCAAGUGAUGGCUAUGGCGGUGAUGAGAAAAUGCAGAUCACAGUUGCAUUCAACCACUUUGGUAAGAGAUUAAUCCAAAGGAUGCCAAGGUGUAGAUUUGGUUUUAUCCAUGUGCUUAACAAUGACUACACUCACUGGGAGAUGUAUGCCAUUGGUGGCAGCAUGCAUCCUACCAUUAUCAGUGAGGGUAACCGAUUCAUAGCCCCUAACAAUGGCCAUGCUAAAGAGAUAACAAAGAGGGAGUACGUAGACGAGUCAGUGUGGAAAUCCUGGCAAUGGAGAUCAAUCAACGACGUGUACCUGAACGGAGCAUUUUUCAGACAAGGAGGACCUGAGUUGAAAGACAGACCAUUCUCAAGAAAGGACAUGAUCAAAUCUAGGCCCGGAACUUAUGUUGGAAGGCUUACUCGUUAUUCUGGAAGCCUUAGAUGCAUAGUGGGGAAACCUUGUUAGUCUUCAAAAUUCCCUUCCUGAAAUCAAUCAUCAUUGA